AUGGAUGGAGCGACUCCCGACUCCUCUGUGCGUUGGGGCGCUCUGCUGGCUACCUUGCUGGUGCUCCUCAUGGCGCCGGCCAGCCUGAUGUUCAGCGACGGAUGGUCUUCGCUGCCUCCUUCGUUGUUUCAGCGCCGGUCAAGUGCCACCGGGACGAGUGCCGUGAAGCUCCAUACCCAGCCUCCUGGCAGCAACGACAGCCAGGCACCGACAACUUGCGCCGACGUACCGAAGUCCUUUCUGCAGGAGUUGAGAUGUCCCGAUCAGCCGAACUUCUCUGUCCCGGGUGAGGUCAGGGAUGUCCCAGGCAUUGAUGGAAACUUCCACACUUCGGAUUUCCUGGCCGACCGGGAGAAAGUUAUCAAUACCUGUUUGGGUCACAGGCGAAACUUGUCGAAGAGAUGGCCGGAUCAUUUCGGAAAUGCAUGGUUCUUAUGGGCGGAAGAGUUUACCGAUAGGAGCGUGUGUGGGCCGUCAAGAUUUGCCGCAGCCAGUUUGGACCGGAAGUUCUUGAGAUUGCCCUACUGCGCGGAUUCUGAUCUACGCGAGAACAGAAGCCAGCGUGAUCUGUGCAGACGUUGGACACACGCACGGAAUUUCGAUGGUCAACUGCCGACCUGUGUAUGGUAUUCAUUUGGCUUUAACAUUGCACUGGCUGAGCUUCAAGAAGAGUGGAUUCGGGGAACCUACUUUGCCCUAAAGUCGCAUGGUCUUGAGCAGGAGCCGGCGUGCAGCCACGUAGAGACUUUGCCGGUCGGCGCUGUGUUUGCGGCGAUCCACAUGCGCUGCGGGGACAUUGCCCGGAAAGGGGGCUUUAGCAGGCAUUACAUGCUCGACCCAGCCUGGCUUCGCAACUUUCUACCCGUUGUGACCGAGGGAAUUCAGCACAUUGUUCUGCUUGGCAACCGCAAGGCGCACGGUGGUGGCUCCGGCUUGACAUGCAACUCUAAGUUCGAUAAGAUGGCAGAUUUCAUCGCGAACAUCACCAAGGCCAAGGUGCACAUUGCACCCGAGCUGUUUGGCCUGAUCGGCUUGCUGCGUGACAUCCGAUGUAUGACACAAUCGCUUCAUCUGAUCAUCUCAUCUUUCGGAAGUAGCAUCGGCUACGUGCUAUCGCUGCUCCACCGCGGAUGCGCAUCCUACCAGCCCUAUCCAAAGGCAUCCGCGUCGAAGUUCAUCGAUCUCAUCAACAUGCAUCGGCUGCGAAGUAGCCAGCGGUUCAUCGACGUGGAUCGGCGCAUGUUUUUCUAG